CGGUAUUUUCAGUCGCCAUUGAAGAUCGAAAGCGAAAGUAAAGUGGUGGCAUUGUAUAUAAAGUUACCGCCAGCCCCGAUGAUAACCACAAACAGUUCGCACGGUUCGAACUGGUAGAUUACCAGGUGUGUCCGAAAAUGAAACUACUGUUAAUACUAGGGUUCUUAGUUCUCAUCGCUUCCAUCACCUUGGGUGAGGAAGCGAAGGAGAAGAAGGCGUCCCUGGAUGAUAAAAAACAAACAAAACGUGGUCUGUUGGGUUUAGGCUACGGUUAUGGACCGGAAUUUGACAACGGAUACCAUCUGGGUCAAGGCGGACAUGGAAUCAUCGGUGGGUUAACUUUGGGUCAUGGUGCCUAUGACCCAGGAUACCAUGGUCAUGAAACUGUACACACCAUCGUUAAAGGAGUACCUAUUCCAUACCCGGUUGAGAAACACAUCCCGUAUCCAGUGGAGAAACACGUGCCGUACCCGGUGAAGGUACCCGUACCUGCUCCAUACCCCGUGGAGAAGGAAGUACACAUUCCAUACAAAGUAGCUGUGAAGGUACCAUAUCCAGUAGCACAACCUUAUCCAGUUGAGAAAAUCGUCCAUGUUCCUUAUAAAGUUUACGUGGAGAGACCAGUACCAGUGAAGGUAUUCGUACCUCAACCAUACCCAGUUGAAAAACAGAUCCAUGUACCUGUGAAGGUACCAGUACCAGCACCAUACCCAGUAGAGAAACACAUCCAUGUCCCUUAUAAAGUUGCUGUUCAUGUUCCACAACCCUAUCCAGUAGUGAAGGAAGUACCUGUUCCAGUGAAGGUACCAGUUGAUCGUCCUGUACCAGUACAUGUCCCACAACCAUACCCUGUUCAUGUAGUCAAACAGGUACCUGUUCCAUAUCCGGUUGAAAGACCAUACCCGGUUAAGGUUGCUGUUGAUAGACCAGUACCAUAUCCAGUUGAGAAACCAUACCCGGUGCCUGUGAAGGUACCUGUACCAGCACCAUACCCUGUUAUCAAGGAGAUAGGUGUUGCCGUUGAGAAACCUGUGCCUUAUCCAGUCAAGGUACCUUAUGAUCGUCCAUAUCCUGUUGCCGUUGAGAAACACGUGCCCUACCCUGUGGAGAAACCCGUACCUUAUCCAGUGAAGGUACCCGUACCCUACCCGGUUCAUGAUCAUCAUUAUGACCCGCAUUACGGACAUUAUUGAACAUAACCAAGAAGAAAACAAUGUAAAUGAUAUUUUUGUAUGUGUAUAAUUUAUACUUAACUUAAAUAAAGUAACGUAAAAAAUUUAAA